AUGAAUGCUUAUGAUAUUGAUUAUGAUUUGAUUUUUGGAAUUCUAGAUAGGGUGAUUGAUGCUGAAAAUCAUGCUGAUGAUAAUCAUAUUCCUGAAGCAUCGAGACAUUCUGAUGAUUCAACUUUUAUAAGGGAAGAAGAGGACACAAAUUCUACAUCAACUUUAAGGGUGAAUGUCGAACGAGUAUCGAUUUCGAUUGAUGAUCAAGUGGAGGGGCGACAUUACAUAAUACUAAUCAAGAUUCAAAUGUUGAGGGGGAUCAUUCCGCACGUCGGUAACCGUAUCGAAGAAAAAACAAAAAUUUACUGGUGGGAAAACGAAAACAAAGCUGCCACAAGAGAGAACAAUGGAAGAAUUCUUCAACAAGUUCUCUCUUUUUACAUCAACAACAACACCACAACCACAACAACAACAACAACAAAUGGAAUCCUUUUUAUCACCAUACCAUUACCCAUCAUCAUCAUCAACCCAUUCUUCACCCACUACUACUUGUACCUUCUUCAUCAUCAACCCCAUCUCGCCUUCAUCAUAUUGACUCAUAGCCUUCGAAUCUCAUUGCAAGUUCCAAGUGUUAGAAGCAACAGUAACAUGUUUGGGGGUCAUUCCGGAUACCCUACCUUCCCCGAAGAACACCGAUCACACACACAGUUCGACAUGACUGCAUUGCCUCAACUUCAACUUUUCGGAAAAUUUCCAGUUGGGUGUACGCUGGAUAAUAUAAACUUUGUUGGAAACGAUCAUGCAACUGCAGCUGCUUCAGGUCGGGGGAUCAAAAGGGCACGUGAGCAAAAGCUUCACAUAUCUUUAAACAACAACUUCUUCUGUCAAGAUGAUGCAGGCCUCAUGAAUCCCAACCACAACCACAACCACCCUGUUUCAACUGGCCUGAAAUUAUCUUACGAAGAAGACGAACGCAACUCUUCUGUCACUUCCAUUAGUGAAAACUUUAAAGCUCUUCAACCCCUUUCUCAUUCUCUCACAGGCAAUAUUAAGCUCGAAAUGGAUCGCCAAAAACAACUUCUUAAUCAUUAUCUUAAACUCCAGGAAGAAAAUAUGGUGAAGGGUAUAAGAGAACUGAACGAGAAACAUACGGUUUCAUUGCUAAAGACAUUGGAGAAAGAAGUAUCAAAGAAAUUAAGUGAAAAAGAGAUUGAAAUCGAGAACAUGAAUAGAAAAAACAUGGAAUUAGGGUUGAAGAUAAAGCAAGCAAGCAUGGAAGCUCAAUCAUGGCAUUACAGAGCAAAGUACAACGAGUCAGUAGUGAAUGCUCUGAAGAACAAUCUGCAACAAGUGAUGAUGACACAAUCACAGAAGCCUGUUCAAUGGAAAGAAGGAUAUGGUGAUAGCGAGGUUGAUGAUGCUGCAUCUUAUACAAAUGUAAAUUUAAAGUGUGAUGAUAUGAAGGCGUUCAAUUGCAGGGCUUGCAAGGGGAGAGAGGUGAUGAGAACUGAAAGUCUACAUGUUUUCAUGUCCUGA